AUGAAGUUUAGCAAGGACGUAAGUUCAUCUGCUUCCAAGUGUAGAAAGAACCAUUUCGCCACCACAUCAACUCAAAGAAGAGAGUUGAUGGCUUCUCCUUUGUCGAAGGAGCUUAGACAAAAGUACAAUGUCCGAUCAUUACCAAUCAGAAAAGGUGACGAGGUUAUGGUCAUUAGAGGUUCCAAUCACGACUACGAGGGAGUUGUCACUCGUGUUCACAGAAAGAAGUUUGUCAUAAAUGUUGAGAGAAUCACCAGAAAGAAGACAAACGGAGAGUCUGUCCCAAUUGGAAUUCACCCAUCAAAUGUUGUCAUUACCAAGCUCAAGUUAAACAGAGACAGAAGGGAACUUCUUGCUCGCAAGAAUCGCUCAACUAAGAAGGGAAAAUACACAAAUGCUGAUGCAGCGGAUCUAGACUAG